AUGGUAACCCGUUUAAUUAGAGAGGAACGUUGCGAAUUUUUGCAUAAUCGUGCCGUUGAAGCAAGACCUUAUGUGGAAAGGUUGUUACAACUGGCAAUUUAUCGUGGCUUGGAGGACCCGUACGUUAAGGAAAUGACUGACUGGUGGGUGGUUGAAGAAGAUUUACGAAAAAAAUUAUUCGACGUACUUGUUCCUCGAUUUCGUAACCUAGGAGAACCGUACACAGACCUGUAUACCCUCCCCAAAGAACGUUCUAUACUGUAUAUUCGGAGAAAAAAUAUAAAGUCGCGUGCAGCGGAGAUUGGUGUUCUGGAGCUCAAAGGUAACCCUUAUCCGCCAGUAAUCAAAGAAGCUCCUGAUCAUUCUUCUUUGUUGCUUAACAUUCUCUUGAAAAAUGCUAUACGAAAACGCUUUGCUGUCCCGGAUCUUAUAGAGGGGUAA